AUGACUGAUGCCCAGAUGGCUGAUUUUGGGGCGGCAGCCCAGUACCUCCGCAAAUCAGAGAAGGAGCGUCUGGAGGCCCAGACCCGGCCCUUCGACAUCCGCACUGAGUGCUUCGUGCCUGAUGACAAGGAGGAGUUUGUGAAGGCCAAGAUCGUGUCCCGGGAAGGAGGCAAGGUCACUGCUGAGACAGAGAAUGGCAAGACAGUGACUGUGAAGGAGGACCAGGUAUUGCAGCAGAACCCACCUAAGUUUGACAAGAUCGAGGACAUGGCCAUGCUGACCUUCCUGCAUGAGCCCGCUGUGCUCUUCAACCUCAAGGAGCGCUAUGCAGCCUGGAUGAUCUAUACCUACUCCGGCCUCUUCUGUGUCACCGUCAAUCCCUACAAGUGGCUGCCUGUGUACAAUGCGGAGGUGGUGGCUGCCUACCGGGGCAAGAAGAGAAGCGAGGCACCACCCCACAUCUUCUCCAUCUCUGACAAUGCCUAUCAGUACAUGCUGACAGAUCGGGAGAACCAGUCCAUCCUCAUCACUGGAGAAUCCGGUGCAGGGAAGACUGUGAACACAAAACGUGUCAUCCAGUACUUUGCCAGCAUUGCAGCCAUAGGUGACCGUGGCAAGAAGGACAAUGCCAAUGCAAACAAGGGCACCCUGGAGGACCAGAUCAUCCAGGCCAACCCUGCCCUGGAGGCCUUUGGCAACGCCAAGACAGUCCGGAACGACAACUCCUCCCGCUUUGGGAAAUUCAUCAGGAUCCACUUCGGAGCCACUGGAAAGUUGGCUUCUGCAGACAUAGAGACCUAUCUCCUGGAGAAGUCUCGGGUGAUCUUCCAGCUGAAGGCUGAGAGAAACUACCACAUCUUCUACCAGAUCCUGUCCAACAAGAAGCCAGAGCUGCUGGACAUGCUGCUGGUCACCAACAACCCCUACGACUACGCCUUCGUGUCUCAGGGAGAGGUGUCUGUGGCCUCCAUCGAUGACUCCGAGGAGCUCCUAGCCACAGACAGUGCCUUUGACGUGUUGGGCUUCACUCCUGAAGAGAAAGCCGGGGCCUACAAGCUGACGGGUGCCAUCAUGCACUACGGGAACAUGAAGUUCAAGCAGAAGCAGCGGGAGGAGCAGGCUGAGCCAGAUGGCACUGAAGAUGCCGACAAGUCUGCCUACCUCAUGGGGCUGAACUCAGCCGACCUGCUCAAGGGGCUGUGUCACCCUCGGGUGAAAGUGGGCAAUGAGUAUGUCACCAAGGGGCAGAGCGUCCAACAGGUGUACUAUUCCAUUGGGGCACUGGCCAAGGCAGUGUACGAGAAGAUGUUCAACUGGAUGGUGACACGAAUCAAUGCCACCCUGGAGACCAAGCAGCCACGCCAGUACUUCAUAGGAGUCCUGGACAUCGCUGGCUUCGAGAUCUUUGAUUUCAACAGCUUUGAGCAGCUGUGCAUCAACUUCACCAACGAGAAGCUGCAGCAGUUCUUCAACCACCACAUGUUCGUGCUGGAGCAGGAGGAGUACAAGAAGGAAGGCAUCGAGUGGGAGUUCAUCGACUUUGGCAUGGACCUGCAGGCCUGCAUCGACCUCAUUGAGAAGCCCAUGGGCAUCAUGUCCAUCCUGGAAGAGGAAUGCAUGUUCCCCAAAGCCACUGACAUGACCUUCAAGGCCAAGCUAUAUGACAACCACCUGGGCAAGUCCAAUAAUUUCCAGAAGCCACGCAAUGUCAAGGGGAAGCAGGAAGCCCACUUCUCCCUGAUCCACUAUGCCGGCACUGUGGACUACAACAUCUUGGGUUGGCUGGAGAAGAACAAAGAUCCACUCAACGAGACAGUGGUGGGCUUGUACCAGAAGUCCUCCCUCAAGCUCAUGGCCACACUCUUCUCCUCAUACGCUUCUGCUGAUGUUGGGGACAGCAGUAAAGGCAAAGGAGGGAAGAAAAAAGGCUCAUCCUUUCAGACAGUGUCGGCCCUCCAUCGGGAGAAUCUGAAUAAGCUUAUGACCAACCUGAGGACCACCCACCCUCACUUUGUGCGCUGCAUCAUCCCCAAUGAACGGAAGGCUCCAGGGGUGAUGGACAACCCCCUGGUCAUGCACCAGCUGCGCUGUAAUGGAGUCCUGGAGGGCAUCCGCAUCUGCAGGAAGGGAUUCCCCAACCGCAUCCUUUAUGGAGACUUCCGGCAGAGGUAUCGCAUCCUUAACCCAACAGCCAUCCCUGAGGGUCAGUUCAUUGACAGCAGGAAAGGGACAGAGAAGCUGCUGGGCUCGCUGGACAUUGACCACAACCAGUACAAGUUCGGCCACACUAAGGUGUUCUUCAAGGCUGGGCUCCUGGGUCUGCUGGAGGAGAUGAGGGACGAGAGGCUUAGCCGCAUCAUCACCCGCAUCCAGGCACAAGCCCGGGGCCAGCUCAUGCGCAUUGAGUUCAAGAAGAUUGUGGAACGCAGGGAUGCCCUGCUGGUAAUCCAGUGGAACAUUCGGGCCUUCAUGGGGGUCAAGAACUGGCCCUGGAUGAAGCUCUACUUCAAAAUCAAGCCACUGCUGAAGAGUGCAGAGACAGAGAAAGAGAUGGCCACCAUGAAGGAGGAGUUUGGGCGCAUCAAAGAGGCGCUGGAAAAGUCGGAGGGUCGCCGCAAAGAGCUGGAGGAAAAGAUGGUGUCCCUGCUGCAGGAGAAGAACGACCUCCAGCUCCAAGUGCAGGCGGAACAAGAUAACCUCAAUGAUGCAGAGGAGCGCUGCGACCAGCUGAUCAAGAACAAGAUCCAGCUGGAGGCCAAGGUGAAGGAGAUGACAGAGAGGCUGGAGGAUGAGGAGGAGAUGAAUGCAGAGCUCACUGCCAAGAAACGAAAACUAGAAGAUGAGUGCUCUGAGCUCAAGAAGGACAUUGACGACCUGGAGCUGACACUGGCCAAAGUGGAAAAGGAGAAGCAUGCAACAGAGAACAAGGUGAAGAACCUGACAGAAGAGAUGGCUGGGCUAGAUGAGAUCAUCGCCAAGCUGACCAAGGAGAAGAAGGCUCUGCAAGAGGCCCACCAGCAGGCCCUAGAUGACCUUCAGGCUGAGGAGGACAAAGUCAACACCCUGACUAAGUCUAAGGUCAAGCUGGAGCAGCAGGUGGAUGAUCUGGAGGGGUCCCUGGAGCAGGAGAAGAAGGUGCGCAUGGACCUGGAACGAGCAAAGCGGAAGCUGGAGGGCGACCUGAAGCUGACCCAGGAGAGCAUCAUGGACCUGGAGAACGACAAGCAGCAGCUUGAAGAAAAGCUCAAGAAGUAG